AUGGCGGAGGCCGAGGCUGUGUACCGCUACGAGUCCGGAAACAUCGCACAUGCACCCAAGAAGGAUUACGGGCCUUUAGACUUCACUGGCAAGCUUGGUGGGGGCUUGCGACUCGAUAUCCGCAGGCGAGCGCCGCUGUAUUGCAGUGAUUGGACGGAUGCCUUCAAACCGGAGAACUUCCAGAAAUCGGUAUCGUCCAUCUUGUAUCUGUUCAUCGCAGCCCUUGCCCCUGCGAUUACGUUCGGCAGUCGGUUCCUUGACGGCACGAACGGCCAGUUCGGAGUGAUGGAAAUGAUUAUGAGCACAUGUAUCAGCGGCUUGAUCUUCUCAACAUUUUCCGGUCAACCCCUUUCCAUUUUGGGGGCUACCGGUCCGUUCUUGGCUUAUACGCUUGUCGUCUAUGACUUGGCAGUUGCCGUGGACGUGGAGUUCAUGCCGUUUUAUUUCUGGACAUGCAUGUGGUGCUCCCUCUUCACCGUGCUGGUUGCGGUCUUCGACUUGUGCGCGCUCAUGAAGCACGUGACUAUGUUCAGCGAAGACAUCUUCGCAGGAUUAAUCUCGCUGAUCUUCAUCAUCGACGGAGCCCGGCCAAUCAUCGAGAAUUUCACGGAAAGCAGGCUGACGCUGACGAACUGCAUGUUUGAAGCCCUCUUGUUCAUCUGGACAUUUGGUUUGGCAACAUACUUGUCCAGCUUCCGCCGAAGCCCCUGGACUUUCCGAUUCGUUCGCAACUUUGCGGCCAAUUUCGCAGUGACCAUCGCCUUGGUGAGUGGCUCCGCUUUGGCUGCUAUUUACUCCAACGACACAGGCCUGAGGAUGUUGCAGGUGGACGCAGACUUCUCGCCCAACUUGAGCUUGUCCGAUGGCAGCAAGCGGCCGUGGAUCAUUAAUCCCGCCGGCAUGGACCGCCCCUUCCCCGCUUGGGGCAUUGCUUAUGCGAUCCUUCCGGCGAUUGGCUUCGCAGUGUUAGGUUACUUGGAUCAGAAUCUCACCAGUGUGAUCGUGAACAGACCCUCCAACGGUCUGAAGAAGCCGGCAGCGUACCACCUGGACUUGUUUGUUCGGGGAGCGCUCACGCUGCCUGUCUGUGCUGUGCUGGGCCUGCCGCUGUCCGUGGCCUCCACGGUGCCGAGCAUCACUCACGUAAUCUCGCUGACCACUUACGAAGUGAAGCAGCUUCCGGAAGGUGAGCGCAAGGUGCCUACGAAGGUGGUGGAACAGCGUGCUACCAACUUCUUGAUUCACGUGCUCAUUGGCUCAGCACUCUUCCUGGCACCAGUGCUGAAGUUCCUGCCCCGGGCCGUGCUGCAGGGCGUGUUCUUCUACAUGGGAAUCGCGAGCCUGACCGGCAACAACCUCUUCGACCGUUUGAAGCUGUGGCUCAUCUGGGACCCGGCGAAGUACCCGCAGUACCACUACAUCCAGAAGCUGCCCAUCAGCCGAGUGCACCUGUACACCGUCGUCCAGGUCAUCUGUCUUGGCAUUCUGUAUGGAUUGAAAGCUAUCAAGGAAACGUCGGUGGUGUUCCCGUUCUUCAUGGCCUCCCUGGCCAUCAUCCGCAAGGCCAUGAGGUUCAUGUUCACCGAGGAUGAGCUGAAGCAGCUGGAUGGCAUCCCAGGUGAGGAUGAGGAAGAGGAUGCCACGAUGUCGAAGCCGGACAUUGUGAACUUGGACGUGAAAGAGGCCUUUCCUGGCAAACCUGUUCCAGCACGGCUGGCAAGACCCUGUGGGUCCUUCGGCAGUAGCCUUAGUUCUCGCUUCGUUCAGAACGACCCCAACCUCUCUAUCAUGGCGGAGGCCGAGGCUGUGUACCGCUACGAGUCCGGAAACAUCGCGCAUGCACCCAAGAAGGAUUACGGGCCUUUGGACUUCACUGGCAAGCUUGGUGGGGGCCUGCGACUCGAUAUCCGCAGGCGAGCGCCGCUGUAUUGCAGUGAUUGGACGGAUGCCUUCAAACCGGAGAACUUCCAGAAGUCGGUAUCGUCCAUCUUGUAUCUGUUCAUCGCAGCCCUUGUCCCUGCGAUUACGUUCGGCAGUCGGUUCCUUGACGGCACGAACGGCCAGUUCGGAGUGAUGGAAAUGAUUAUGAGCACAUGUAUCAGCGGCUUGAUCUUCUCAACAUUUUCCGGUCAACCCCUUUCGAUUUUGGGUGCUACUGGUCCGUUCUUGGCUUAUACGCUUGUCGUCUAUGACUUGGCAGUUGCCGUGGACGUGGAAUUCAUGCCGUUUUAUUUCUGGACAUGCAUGUGGUGCUCCCUCUUCACCGUGCUGGUUGCGGUCUUCGAUUUGUGCGCGCUCAUGAAGCACGUGACUAUGUUCAGCGAAGACAUCUUCGCAGGAUUAAUCUCGCUGAUCUUCAUCAUCGACGGAGCCCGGCCAAUCAUCGAGAAUUUCACGGAAAGCAGGCUGACGCUGACGAACUGCAUGUUUGAAGCCCUCUUGUUCCUUUGGACAUUUGGUUUGGCAACAUACUUGUCCAGCUUCCGCCGAAGCCCCUGGACUUUCCGAUUCGUUCGCAACUUUGCGGCCAAUUUCGCAGUGACCAUCGCCUUGGUGAGUGGCUCCGCUUUGGCUGCUAUUUACUCCAACGACACAGGCCUGAGGAUGUUGCAGGUGGACGCAGACUUCUCGCCCAACUUGAGCUUGUCCGAUGGCAGCAAGCGGCCGUGGAUCAUUAAUCCCGCCGGCAUGGACCGCCCCUUCCCAGCUUGGGGCAUUGCUUAUGCGAUCCUUCCGGCGAUUGGCUUCGCAGUGUUAGGUUACUUGGAUCAGAAUCUCACCAGUGUGAUCGUGAACAGACCCUCCAACGGUCUGAAGAAGCCGGCUGCGUACCACCUGGACUUGUUUGUUCGGGGAGCGCUCACGCUGCCUAUCUGUGCUGUGCUGGGCCUGCCGCUGUCCGUGGCCUCCACGGUGCCGAGCAUCACUCACGUAAUCUCGCUGACCACUUACGAAGUGAAGCAGCUUCCGGAAGGUGAGCGCAAGGUGCCUACGAAGGUGGUGGAACAGCGUGCUACCAACUUCUUGAUUCACGUGCUCAUUGGCUCAGCACUCUUCCUGGCACCAGUGCUGAAGUUCCUGCCCCGGGCCGUGCUGCAGGGCGUGUUCUUCUACAUGGGAAUCGCGAGCCUGACCGGCAACAACCUCUUCGACCGUUUGAAGCUGUGGCUCAUCUGGGACCCGGCGAAGUACCCGCAGUACCACUACAUCCAGAAGCUGCCCAUCAGCCGAGUGCACCUGUACACCGUCGUCCAGGUCAUCUGUCUUGGCAUUCUGUAUGGACUGAAAGCUAUCAAGGAAACGUCGGUGGUGUUCCCGUUCUUCAUGGCCUCCCUGGCCAUCAUCCGCAAGGCCAUGAGGUUCAUGUUCACCGAGGAUGAGCUGAAGCAGCUGGAUGGCAUCCCAGGUGAGGAUGAGGAAGAGGAUGCCACGAUGUCGAAGCCGGACAUUGUGAACUUGGCCGAGGCUGUGUACCGCUACGAGUCCGGAAACAUCGCGCAUGCACCCAAGAAGGAUUACGGGCCUUUGGACUUCACUGGCAAGCUUGGUGGGGGCUUGCGACUCGAUAUCCGCAGGCGAGCGCCGCUGUAUUGCAGUGAUUGGACGGAUGCCUUCAAACCGGAGAACUUCCAGAAGUCGGUAUCGUCCAUCUUGUAUCUGUUCAUCGCAGCCCUUGCCCCUGCGAUUACGUUCGGCAGUCGGUUCCUUGACGGCACGAACGGCCAGUUCGGAGUGAUGGAAAUGAUUAUGAGCACAUGUAUCAGCGGCUUGAUCUUCUCAACAUUUUCCGGUCAACCCCUUUCGAUUUUGGGUGCUACUGGUCCGUUCUUGGCUUAUACGCUUGUCGUCUAUGACUUGGCAGUUGCCGUGGACGUGGAAUUCAUGCCGUUUUAUUUCUGGACAUGCAUGUGGUGCUCCCUCUUCACCGUGCUGGUUGCGGUCUUCGAUUUGUGCGCGCUCAUGAAGCACGUGACUAUGUUCAGCGAAGACAUCUUCGCAGGAUUAAUCUCGCUGAUCUUCAUCAUCGACGGAGCCCGGCCAAUCAUCGAGAAUUUCACGGAAAGCAGGCUGACGCUGACGAACUGCAUGUUUGAAGCCCUCUUGUUCAUUUGGACAUUUGGUUUGGCAACAUACUUGUCCAGCUUCCGCCGAAGCCCCUGGACUUUCCGAUUCGUUCGCAACUUUGCGGCCAAUUUCGCAGUGACCAUCGCCUUGGUGAGUGGCUCCGCUUUGGCUGCUAUUUACUCCAACGACACAGGCCUGAGGAUGUUGCAGGUGGACGCAGACUUCUCGCCCAACUUGAGCUUGUCCGAUGGCAGCAAGCGGCCGUGGAUCAUUAAUCCCGCCGGCAUGGACCGCCCCUUCCCAGCUUGGGGCAUUGCUUAUGCGAUCCUUCCGGCGAUUGGCUUCGCAGUGUUAGGUUACUUGGAUCAGAAUCUCACCAGUGUGAUCGUGAACAGACCCUCCAACGGUCUGAAGAAGCCGGCUGCGUACCACCUGGACUUGUUUGUUCGGGGAGCGCUCACGCUGCCUAUCUGUGCUGUGCUGGGCCUGCCGCUGUCCGUGGCCUCCACGGUGCCGAGCAUCACUCACGUAAUCUCGCUGACCACUUACGAAGUGAAGCAGCUUCCGGAAGGUGAGCGCAAGGUGCCUACGAAGGUGGUGGAACAGCGUGCUACCAACUUCUUGAUUCACGUGCUCAUUGGCUCAGCACUCUUCCUGGCACCAGUGCUGAAGUUCCUGCCCCGGGCCGUGCUGCAGGGCGUGUUCUUCUACAUGGGAAUCGCGAGCCUGACCGGCAACAACCUCUUCGACCGUUUGAAGCUGUGGCUCAUCUGGGACCCGGCGAAGUACCCGCAGUACCACUACAUCCAGAAGCUGCCCAUCAGCCGAGUGCACCUGUACACCGUCGUCCAGGUCAUCUGUCUUGGCAUUCUGUAUGGACUGAAAGCUAUCAAGGAAACGUCGGUGGUGUUCCCGUUCUUCAUGGCCUCCCUGGCCAUCAUCCGCAAGGCCAUGAGGUUCAUGUUCACCGAGGAUGAGCUGAAGCAGCUGGAUGGCAUCCCAGGUGAGGAUGAGGAAGAGGAUGCCACGAUGUCGAAGCCGGACAUUGUGAACUUGGACGUGAAAGAGGCCGCCUAG